UGACAGGGCGCCUGGGUGGCCCAGUCGGUUCAGCAUCCGACCUCAGCUCAGGGCAGAAUCUCACGGUCCGCGAGUUCGAGCCCGACCACAACGGGCUCUGUGCCGACAGUUCAGAGCCUGGAGCCUGCUUGGGAUUCGGUGUCUCCGUCUCUCUCUCUGCCCCUCCUCUGCUCAUGCUCUGUCUCUGUCUGUGUCUCAAAAAUAAAUAAACGUUAAAAAAAAAAAGUAAGUAGAUGAGAUGACAGAGAGUGGGGACCGGGAUGCAGGAGAGACCGAGGACAUCAGGUCUGGCUGUGUGUUCAGCACACGGUGGGUGGGGACCCAGCCUGUCCUCCUAGGGGUUAAUGUGAAAGUCCACGUGUUCAGCAGUCUUCCCGGGCUCAGUGAGUGGACACCACCUGGCUCUCUUUCCGAAGGCUGCACGUCACCCAGGAAGGCAGCUCCAGACCCAUCAGUGAUCCCAGGUUGCUCCUCUGCUGAGUCAAGGAAGGAGCAGAGCACCCCAACAUCCUGGCGGCAGGGGAGCCCUCCUCUGGCCACAGUAGCAGAAGGGAGGAGGCUGUGUGCUUCCUUGGACGGAUACGUGGCCUUCCUGGAGCUGUUCCUGCAGACGGCGGAGAAGCACGUCAUGGUGGGACACAAGGUCUCCUACCACGUGUUCACCGACCGGGCGGGGGAUGUGCCCCGCGCGCCCCUCGGGGAAGGGAGGCAGGGGGUGGUCCUGGAGGUCCGGAGCUACUGGCGCUGGCAGGACGUGUCCACGCACCGCAUGGAGAUGAUCCGGCGCUUCCUCCACGAGGUGGACUAUCUGGUGUGCGCGGACGUGGACAUGAGGUUCCGCGACCACGUGGGCGUGGAGAUCCUGUCCCCGCUCUUCGGCACCCUGCACCCCGGCUUCUACGGGGUGGCCCGCGAGGCCUUCACCUACGAGCGCCGGCCGCAGUCCCAGGCGCACGUCCCCAGGGACGAGGGCGACUUUUACUACGCGGGAGGCUUUUGCGGGGGGUCGGUGGCCGAGGUUCUGCGGCUCACGUCGGCGUGUCACCAGGCCACGGUGGUCGACCGGGCCCACGGCAUCGAGGCCGUGUGGCACGACGAGAGCCACCUGAACAGGUACCUGCUGGACCACAAGCCCACCAAGGUGCUGUCCCCCGAGUACCUGUGGGACGAACAACUGCUGGGCUGGCCCGCCGUCGUGAGGAAGCUGAGGUAUGUGACCGUGCCCAAGAGUCACCAGGGCAUCCGGGACUGAAGACGGGCUGGCCUAGUGUCCGUCAGGGGUGCCACCCUGACCCCAGCCGUCAGAGAAGAUGGCCUGUCGCCGCUCCCUUUCUCUGUCCGGUCGCGGGACAUCGCCGAGGCCCGGCACCGCCCGCAUCGGGCACGG